CGCAGCUGCGUGUACGGUUUGUGUAACCGCAGGAGCUUUACUAAACACAUCGUCUUAUUGAAUUAGCAAUUGAAAAGAACGUAGUGAAACCUCGACACAGCACGGCAAUCCUUAUUUUACCAGAAUAAUACAUGCAAUAAUCUUCGUGUCCGGAUAAAUUCGUCACGGUGCACGUCAAAAGCUUCUCGGGCUAGCCUAGCCUAGCUUAGUUUAGGUUGCUGGCCGCUAACAGACGCGUACGCCUUUGUUAACAACACGUGCUCUGCAGAGAUCCAGUGUGACCGUCAUCGUGUGGGGGGAAAUGAGUGCAAAAAAUGUGAAAGAAGAAAAGUACGAGGAGGAACUUUCGGGCACAAAAGAGGUGAACGAGCGACAAGGUCAACAAUUGGACGCUGGUUUCAAGCAGCCUCGAGAUGUGUUACACAUAGCAGACAUCAGUGAAACAUGUCCUUGUCCUGUGCAACAGAAGCAAGAGUACCCUCACAUAAAACAGGAUGAGGAGCCAGAUCCCACCCAUGUAAAAGAGGAAAAGGAGCCAAAGCCCCCCCAAAUUAAGGAGGAAGAGGAGGAGACUGAUAUCACCAAGUUUCAACAUACUGGUGUCUUUGUGAAGAUUGAACAUGAUGAAGACCAAGGUCAAUGUGAGGAGAAAAGAGGGGCGGCGCCUCCAAGCAGCAGCUCAAAUCAACACAUGACAACAGAAGGGGACGGAGACCACUGUGGAGAAGAAACACAAGCAGAUAGCAUCUUUGCUCCACUAUCAGAUUGCGAUGACAUAACGUCACACUCUACUGAAACUGAUGAAGAUGAACACUCGAAAGGUGAUAUGACAUGUCACGCUGACAACACGGAGCGGAAAUGCUUGCAGUGUGGGAAAACAUUUUGUUCAAAGUGGGGUUUGAAAGUACACACAAGAACACACACUGGAGAGAAACUUUUUGCCUGCUUAGUUUGUGGUAAGAAAUUUACUCUGAAAACCGAUUUAAUAAGGCACACACGAACGCACACUGGGGAUAAACCUUUUGCCUGCUCAGUUUGUAGUAAAAGUUUCUCUGUAAAGAAAAGUUUAACAAGGCACAUACGAACGCACACUGGGGAGAAACCUUUUGCCUGCUCAAUUUGCGGUCAAAGGUUCUCAGAAAAAGGAAAUUUAAGCAGGCACGCAAUCACGCACACUGGAGAGAAACCUUUUGCCUGCUCAGUUUGUGGUCAAAGAUUCUCUGAAAAGAGAAUUUUAAGAAGGCACGCAAUAUCUCACACUGGGGAGACACUUUUUCCAUGUACAUUUUGUGGUCAAAGAUUCUCUGGGAAAAGCAGCUUAAGAGCACACACAAGAAGUCACACUGCGGAGAAACCUUUUGUUUGCCCAGUUUGUUGUAAAAGAUUCAUUCGGAUGACAGAUUUGAUAAGACACACAAGAUCACACACUGGUGAGAAACCAUUUUCAUGCUUAGUUUGUGGUAAAAGAUUCUCUCUCAAGGGACAUUUAAGAACGCACUCAAAAACUCACACGGGAGAGAAACUUUUUGCCUGCUCGGUUUGUAGUAAAAGAUUCACUCUGAAGACAGAUUUAUUAAGGCACACAAGAUCACACACUGGAGAAAAGCCAUUUUCAUGCUCAGUUUGUGGUAAACGAUUCACUCAAAGAUGCAGUUUGACAACACACACAAGAAAACACACUGGUGAGAAACCCUUUGUCUGCUCAAUUUGCGAUAAAAGAUUCACUGUGAAGACAGAGUUGACACGGCACACGAGAGCGCACACUGGAGAAAAACCUUUUGCUUGCUCAGUUUGUAGCACAAGAUUCACUAUGAAGGCAGAUUUAACAAGGCAUACAAAAACACACACUGGAGAAAAGCCUUAUAUAUGCUUAGUUUGUUUCAAAGGAUUCACUCUGAAGACAGAUUUAAUAAGACACACAAUAACACACUCUGGAGAUAAACCAUUUGCCUGCUCAAUUUGUAGUAAAAGAUUCACUCUGAAGAGAUAUUUAACAAGGCACACAAGAACACACACUGGGGAGUAACAGUUCACAUGGUCAGUUUUUCUUAAGACAUUUUCUCGUAGCGAUGUGGUCAAGAGGCACAAGUGUGCUGAGAAUAGCAGUGUUCUAUGAUGUUAUAAAUAGACUGUGAAGAAACGGACUCUUUGUGAGAAGCAGGAAAAGUGUAUGUUUGCUUAUCUAUAAAAUAAAACAGGGAUGUCGAUGACGAUGUCACAACGUGAAGACAAUAAAUUCAUCAGUGGCAGAAGAACCGCGUUGUCGUCUAUUGCAAACCCGAGAGUGUGGAAUACUUUCAGAGUUUCAUCAAAUCACAAGUCACAAAUAAGCAUCUCUCACCUCAUGACCUUGACUCUGACGCCAUGCUCCAUGUCAACAAUUGGUGGCUUUUUGUGUAAUGCAAUGACCCAGCCAUGGAUAGCAACGAGAAAUACGACACGCCCCUUUGCACUGCGUGUCUAUGGCGACGCCAAGCUAGGAAGGGCACAGUGUCAGCGCAUUCCAGUUCUGUGGAUGGCAAAGAAAAACGAAAUAAAAAUUGCAUGGGUGCCUGCACAUUGCACUGCAUGUGGUUGCACACAAGACUUUGCAUUCUCAACAAGAGAAUUGGGAAUAUAACCUUCCACAUGGAAAAUAUUCUUGGGCUAUUUUUCAUGUUCUGUAUUGCUAGCACACGCUUUGGCGUUGACGAAAAAGUAAACCUGGUGAAAAUCGGUUGAGCAAUGAUGCAAUUAUUUAUUUUGGAUGUACAUGUAAUGCCUUAAUAAAUCUGAGAAAGUUGCCCCCACCAACGUGGCCCCCGCGGAGGCACGUCGCCUCGCCGGCUUGCUAC